AUGUCUACAAGGUUGGAUGAGAGUGCAAGUUGGUGCACCGGCAUGAAGCGUCCGGCUGAAGAUUGCCAAGAUGAGAUGAACGAAGUUUCGAGUGGAUUCUGUCGAAAGCUAAGGCGUCGGGGGGAUGCUCAAUAUGAGCUGCUCAGUGGUUGCUCCUCGCUUCUCAGUGAUAGGUCGUGGCCGUCAGAGACGCAGGCAAUCCACCACCACGCCGAUAAGGGAGGCCAUAUCUCACCUAACGUCCGCGACAGACAGUUGGAUUAUGGGAAAGGCUGUCAAAAUCCUGAUACUGGAUCUCCCUACAUUGACGAAGUCCCGCGGUCUGGAGGCGAAACAACAGCCGAUGCGACGGGGGACCAUAAAGAUAUACAAGUCGCGGACAGCCCAUCUGGGAUAGCUUUUGGUGCCUUGGGGCACGUUGUCGGCGCAAUGGAGAGGGCGGCAGAAAAUGGUCCAUACGGCAACAUGGAAAAUUUCUACGUCUUGCUCCAAGGAUGGCUACACUUAUCUUCAAGAAGGAAUCUGGUUGUCGUUGCAGUAGACAUGAUGCUCAUUCACCGGGAAAUAGACUACUUUAAACGAGAGAAAGCAUGGUCUGUCAGAGAACGAAUUGAGGAGAUAAACGUUCGAGAAGCACCUUCCUGGCAUGGUUGA